AUGGGUUACCGCCCCGUCAGCGGAGUAAACACUCUGAUUGUCACUAGCAGCGCCGGCCCCACAGUUUCUAGUUCUCCAGCUGUUGGUGGAUCUUCUGUAUGUCCCCGACCUCUUCAUGCGUCUCAUCAGUUUGCCCAGUAUCAGCAUACUCACUUGCAACAGCAGCAGCAACAGUUUCAUUCCAUCCAGACAUCGUCCCAUCCACAACCUAUAUUGGUUCAUACUGCUUCAAGCAUUUUGGCAGAGGCAGCCGCCGCCACCACCUCUGCUACUACGCAAUCUGCAUUAAUUGCUCCGUCCAUUGUUUCUUCACAGGCGAUUGGUUCCGUCGCCUCUGCAUCGGAUUCUUUAUCUGCAACUAGUCAACUGCAGAGAGCUAUAAUCAUACCUGCGAAUUCCGGACAUCAGCACCAUCAAGCACAGCAGCAGACUUUGCAAUCCUGUCAUGUAUCUGGUGCUGUUGCGACAUCAGCCAAUAACAAUUUAAUCGUUGUGCAAAGAACUGGACGCCGUUUGGUAAAUUCUACUCCCUUUGUGCAAAGCGCCUCAAACAUGCCUCUAGCUACCUCAUCGUCUUCCGUAAGUGUGCCUAAUGUUCCGUUGGGUCGUCAGAUCCGAAUUCUCGGGCUCCCUGCCUUCUCGGCUACUGGUUCGCCAUCAUCUUCACCGAUCUCAUAUGCUGCCACUGUCCCCGCAGUAGGUCUAUCUCCUGCAAACCAGCCACCUGCGUCGGCAUCGGCCGGCCUUUCUGUGCACCACUUUCAACAUUAUCAGCAAUACCAACCGCAACAACAUCAUCACACCCAGCACCAGCAAUACCAACUACCACAACCAAGUAAAGCAAUGUCCUUUCAUUCGGAUCAGCCUCCUUUGAUUCAAUCGCAAAUACCUGUUCAGCGGCAGCCGGUUGUGUUCCCCUUGCCAACAACACUUUCCAACGUCGCUUUAUCAUCUUUCCGAUGUCAUGAGGAAUCAAAGAAAAUAUUAGAAGCCUCGGUUCGUGAAGUGGGAGAAAAAUGUGUAUUUUGA